CAGUUCCAUGAUUUUCUGUUUUUACUUGUUCUUCAGGAAGUGCUAUGGAUAACCCACAUGAUAUUGAACAAAUAGCAGCAAUUAAAGAAGAACUGCAAACCAAUGGACCCGCUUCAGCAGCUGCAAAGAUCCAGGAUUAUUUGGACAAACAAGAUAAUGUUCAGCUAAAUAUUGCGAUUACAGGAGAGUCUGGUUCUGGUAAAUCCACCUUUGUUAAUGCGUUUAGAGGCAUACCCAACAGAGAUAAGGAAAGAGCGGCCCCUUCUGGUGUUAAAGAAACCACCACAGAUCCUACACCAUACCCCCACCCAAAUUAUCCCAAAGUUACCCUUUGGGAUCUUCCUGGUAUCGGCACCAUCAGGUUUCCAGCUGACGAGUACCUGAAGAAGGUUGGAUUUGAUAGGUACGACUUCUUCAUCAUCAUCUCAGCUGAUCGCUUCAGAGAAAAUGAUGUGAAGCUCGCUAAGGAGAUCCAGAAGAUGGGGAAGAAGUUCUACUUUGUUCGCUCAAAGAUUGACAACAACAUACGUGAUGAAAAAAAAACUCGCGGGUCAGAGUUCAACGACGAAGAGAUCCUUAAGGAAAUCAGGGAGGACUGCAUUCAAGGUCUUGAAGGACAUGUUGAGUCUCCACGAGUCUUCCUGGUGUCCAGCUUUGAACUCCACCUGUAUGACUUCCGUCUGCUAGAGAAAACCUUUGCGGAAGAACUCCCUGCAAACAAGAGGAAGGUUCUGCUGUUGGCCUUGCCCAAUGUCAGUCUUGAAAUAAUCAGAAAGAAAAAAGGAGCUUUACAGGCAAACAUAAAGUACCUUGCUGCUGGGUCUGCCCUCGGAGCAUUAGCACCAGUUCCUGGGCUUUCUGUUGCUGUUGAUAUGGCCAUGAUGGUUAAAACCACUAGCAAGUACCAAGCUACCUUUGGUCUUGAUAGCGAGUCACUGCAGAGUCUGGCUCAGACUGUAGGGAUGCCUGUGGAGGAGCUUAGGGCAGUGAUGACAUCUCCACUGGCUGCACAGGAAAUAAGCACAGAGGUAAUCAUUAAGGUACUGAGCUCUUCAUUGAUUUUCAUUUCCUUAAUGGCAGUAGAGGAAGGGUCUAGGUGGCUUCCGUUAAUAGGAUUCCCAGCAGCAAUGGCCGCUUCUGCUGCCUGCACCUACAAAUCUCUCAGCAUGUUCCUCGACAUGCUGGCUGAGGAUGCACAGAAGGUCUUUGAGAAGGCGCUGGGUUUGAACACCUCGGUGUAAGGACAAGGUCAGCAGAGAAACAGAUAAUGUCCCGGCAGAAACGUCCCUGCACCCGGUCCAUUAAGGUCCCCGAUGUCUCUGCUGAUCAAAAACCUGAAAAGUUCUGUAGAUUUACAGAAAAUCCUCUGGACCUUUAAAGGGACAUUUCUGUUAAU